AUGCUUGUAUCAGUCUUAGUGCCAGUCUCGCCAGCCUCGAGUCAAGGUGACCAGGACGAAUAUGAAAAUUCGCAAGACCAAGGAUCCUUCGACACUGAUGUGGAUUCGAGGUCUUCCCAUCGAAAUAACCAUUACGGAGAGAUUCUGCGACAUUCACAAUCAGAGUCGACUCAGUAUAACAGCCAAGGAUCCGAACCUGAACUCUAUACGACUCCCAUGUUGAAACUACCGCCUGGUCACCACAUUUCAUUCCUUUCUUACCGAAUUUCAUUUCCAUUUUUGAAAUCUGCUCCUAUAGCUCUUCCACAAUAUCCCCUUCCAGGGAAUCUGAUGACAGUGAUGGUUCUCCUCGCUUUGGUCUGGAUCGCGAUCUUGACGAUCGCGCUGGUCGAAUUUGGAAAUUAUCUAUGGAAGCGGAGAAGGGCAGCCAUGCUUGCGAUUGAAAGUGAUAAAAUCGCCAACCAACGUCAUAUCUCUAACCCAUUGGGCGAGACCGCAAAGACUCGUUUGCUGAUAAUACCUGUUUCUGAGCAUGUAAGGCUUCAGACUAGAGUCGGGCACGACGACACGGUAUUCUUGUCCACCAACCCCGAGUUGGACUCAGAAUCUGACACGGAAUCGGAAGUGGACGAAUCCUGA